AUGUCGGAUUCCGAAAGUUCUCGGGGAACAUGGGGAUCUCAGUUGGAGUUUAUUUUAACGUCUAUAGGAUGUUCCGUUGGUUUAGGAAAUGUUUGGAGGUUUCCAUAUUUGACGUACACCAGCGGUGGAGGGGCCUUUCUUGUACCAUAUUUUAUCUGUCUUUUAAUAAUUGGAAUACCACUGUUUUGUCUGGAUAUAAGUUUUGGACAGUUUACUAGUCUUGGUCCAGUAGCUGCUGCUGGCAACAUAAGUCCUAUAUUUAAAGGUGUUGGGAUGUGUAUGGUGACGGUUAUGGGUUUGAUUAUGAUAUAUUAUAGUGUUGUUAUAGCAACAUGUAUACAUUACUUUUUUGCAUCUUUAACGGAUGUGCUACCGUGGACCGAUUGUUUGAAUGAAUGGAAUACAUGCAAUUGCCGCCAAGAUACAAACGACACAGAUUAUCUCCGUAAUACUUAUCUUAAUUGUACUCAAAUAGACAAUACAGGAAGUGCUUUUUCACCCAGUGAAGAAUACUAUACGAAUUUUGUGUUGGGUGUAACAAGCGGUAUAGGUGAAGCUGGUGGAUUUCAAUGGAGGCUGGUAUUAAGUAAUCUGUUGACAUGGACAAUCAUGUUUUUUGUACUCAUUAAAGGCGUCAAAUCAAUUGGCAAGGUUGUUUACGUAUUUACCAUACUACCGUAUGUACUAUUAACAGUUUUAUUAGUACGUGGUCUAACGUUAGAAGGCUAUUAUGAAGGUAUCAAAUACUACCUAGAUCCCAACUUAAAUCGUAUUGCGGAACCACGGGUAUGGGCUGACGCAGCAGUACAAAUUUUCUAUUCUACUAGUACAUGUAGUGGAGCUUUGAUAGCCAUGGCCAGUUUUAAUUCGUUCAAAAACAAUACAUUCAGAGAUUCCUUUAUGAUACCAAUAAUAAAUGCACUAACCAGUUUCUAUGGUGGAUUUGCGACAUUUGCUGUUCUUGGUUUUAUGGCGUUGAAGAAAGGUGUUCUGGUUUCAGAGGUUACAAAACAAGGUCCAGGAUUGGCAUUUGUUGUUUAUCCUGAAGCAUUGUCUAAAAUGCCAGCAGCUCCAUUCUGGUCAGUUUUAUUUUUCAUGAUGAUGAUGUCCCUGGGUAUCAGCUCUAUGUUAACUGGUGUAGAAACUGUAGCUUCAGCCUUUAUGGAUGAAUUUCCAGCAUUAAGAAAAGGGAAGAAUACGUACAUCUGUAGAGGUAUUAUAUGUUUUUGUGGAUUUUUACUGGGAUUACCGCAAGUUACUCAAGGUGGUAGCUAUAUUUUGAAUCUGAUGGAUACGUUUGUCGGUGGUUUCCCACUACUCUUCGCUGGUUUAUUCGAAAUAAUAGUCUUAGUAUAUAUUUACGGUUUUAAGAAGUUUUCGUCCGACAUAAAGAUGAUGGUCGGUGAUACACAAUUUGCCAAAUAUUCCUACUACGGUUUCUUUCUAUGGUGCUGGACAAUUAUUACCCCAGCAGCCAUCUUUGCAGUGAUAAUAUCUAAGUGUAUUGACUAUACACCUAUUAUAUCAGAACCAACAUAUCCACCGUGGUCUGAAACAUUAGGCUGGUUUCUAGUUAUGACACCUAUAAUAUUAAUACCGGGUUAUGCUCUAUAUUACCUUGUUAGAUAUUGGAAAACACAGAGUUUUUCACAAAUGUUUAAACCGACACCACAGUGGGGACCAUUAUUACCAGAGAAUAGAACCGGUGUCUAUGCUGAUAUGGGUGUCGAAUUGAACAGUAAAGAAAACGGAAUUGAAAAUGGUGGUGGUGAAAUUAACCCAAGCUAUGUGACGGAGAAGGAAUAA